AUGGCUCACAACGCUAUCUCCAUAGAUAUAAAAGUGGACCUGCUCGACACGGAGACCGCGCAGGGCGACCUCGGCUGGGUCGCCUUCCCGCCCGAUGGGUGGCAGCAGGCUACGAGUGGCCAACGCUCAAGGCCCAGGCUGUACCAGGCGCAGUGCCGCCCCGCCGUGCCCAGGCAGGACAAGUGGCUGCGCACCGCCUGGAUCCCGCGCGGCGACGCUCGCCGCAUCUUCCUCGAGUUCCGCUUCAGCUUACGGCGCCGGUGCCCCCGUCGCCUCCCGGCCGCCGCCGCCUCCGCCGCCGGCUGCGACGACGACACGUUGGACGUUUACUACCGGGAGUCGGACGACCCCGGCGACGUCGCCGCCGGGGUCUUCGCCGACGACGAGCGGCGGCUCUUCUCCAAGGUCGACGUCGUCGGCUCGGGCGGGUCGGAGGUCGAGGCGGCGGGCGACGUGGGGCCCCUCUCCCGGGGCGGCCUCCGUCUGGCGUUCCGCGACACGGGGGCCUGCGCGUGGCUGGCGUCCGUGCGCGUCUACCGCAGGCGCUGCCCGGCCCUCGCGGUCCACCUCGCCGAGUUCCCCGACGCUCCGGCCGCCGGCGACGGGCCGUGGGCGCUGUCGGAGGUGACGGGGGCGUGCGUGGGCCACGCGCUCCGGCCCGAGGGGGAGCCGGAGCCGGCGAUGUUCUGCAACGCCGACGGCGAGUGGGAGGGCCACCCCGGGAGCUGCGUCUGCCGUGCCGGGUACCAGCAGGCGGGGAACGCCUGCCAAGGUGACGCGUUGGGAUUUGUUUUAGUAGAUUCAUCAUCGCUUACCCUCGAGAGAGAUGUGGAAAGACCCAGCGGACCUCCCACACACUCACUCGCCCACUCACCCACUCACGGCUCUUAUAAGGAGACGGCCCAAGACAGCUCCUGCUCCCGGUGUCCGCCACACAGCACGGGCAGCGUCAUCGGAGCGACGUCCUGCACCUGCCACGAUGGAUACUUCCGGCCCAGCGGCGAGCCCCAGUCUGUGGCCUGUGCAAAGCCGCCGUCGGCCCCCAGGGACGUCGUCACCUCGCCGCUCUCCGCCGCCGCCUCGGUGACGCUCCGGUGGAGCCCGCCGGCGAAUCCCGGCGGGCGCUCCGACCUCGCCUACUCCGUCGUGUGCCGGCUCCACCCGCCCCCCCUGCGGGGGGGGGGUGGGGAGAGGGGCCAGGAGCCGGCGCCGCCGUGCGGCCCGGCCGUGAGGUUCCGGCCUCCGCUCCCGCUGACGAACGCCAAGGUGGAGGUGAGCGGCCUGCGUGAGAACGCCGCCUACACCCUGGAGGUGCACGCCACCAAUGGCGUCUCCCGCCUGAGCGGCGUCCCCUCGGCGUUCGCGGCCGUCCACGUCGCCACGUCACGGGAUCCACCGUCACCCGUGGUGCGUGUCCACACGGAGAACGUCUCUGAAGACGCCGUCCUGUUGACCUGGGCCGAGCCGGAGCAGCCCAAUGGCAUCGUUAUGGACUAUGAAGUCAAAUGCUUUGACGAGGAUGACGACGACGAGAGAGAGGUAAUGAGGCUGAUCUCCAGCGUGCCGAGCAUCACCGUGACGGGGCUCCGGCAUGCCGCGGUUUACUCACUGCAGGUCCGCGCUCGCAACGCCGCCGGCUACGGAGACUACAGCCCCACACUCCACUUCCAGACGUCUCCCGCACUAAGUGAAGGAUGUGUUUGUAACUCUUUCCCUCCCCCUCCCCCAGCACAAGCGACUCAGGAAGUGACCCUCUGGGCCUCCUUGCUGUCCGCUGGCCUCGUGGGGCUGAUGCUGCUCAUCGCUGCUGCCUGCAUCAUCGUCAAGAAGAGGAGGAGGAGCAGGAGGAGGAGUGGUCACUGGCAAGCAGCAGAGUCGGAGCCUCGCGAAGAGAGACGACCUCGCUUCUACAGCGUGCGGGUGAAGAUGCCGGGCUUCAGGCUGUACAUUGACCCACACGACUACGACGAGCCCAGCGAUGCUCUCCGCGAGUUCGCGACGGAAAUCGACGCCUCGCGAAUCAAACUUGGACGCGUCAUCGGAGCAGGAGAGUUUGGGAAGGUGCACGUCGGAUACCUGAAGCGCCAGGGCAGCAGCGGAGGGGCGGCAACAGUGCGCGUGGCCAUCAAGACGCUGAAGGGCGGAUCCAGCAAGCAGCAGCAGCAGCAGGACUUCCUAUGUGAGGCGAGCAUCAUGGGACAGUUCGAGCAUGACAACAUCGUCCGCCUGGAGGGCGUCGUCACCAAGAGUAAACCUGUCAUGAUCAUCACCGAAUUCAUGGAAAACCAUUCCUUGGAUUUAUUCCUCAGGAUGAAGAAGGGGCACCUUGUGGUGACCCAGCUGCUCGGGAUGCUGCGUGACGUCGCAUCGGGCAUGGAGUACCUGUCCCGCAGGGGCUAUGUGCACCGCGACCUGGCCGCCCGCAACGUGCUCGUGAGUGGCGAGCUGACGUGCAAGGUGUCCGACUUUGGCCUCUCGCGGACGCUUCUACUGGACGCCGACCCCGAGGGAGCGUACACCUCCCGGGGGGGGAAGAUCCCGAUCCGCUGGACCGCCCCGGAGGCCAUCGCACAGCUCAGGUUCACGUCGGCGAGCGACGUGUGGAGCUACGGCAUCGUCAUGUGGGAGGUGACGUCGUACGGCGAACGGCCGUACUGGGACAUGAGCAACCGGGACGUGAUGGAGGCAGUAGAGGGCGGCUGGCGUCUGCCGUGCCCCAUGGACUGCCCCAUGCUUCUCCGCCACCUCAUGCUGAGCUGCUGGCAGGAGGAGAGCUCCUGGCGGCCCUCGUUCAGCCGCCUCGUUACCGCCGUCACUGACGCGCUGCACGACACGGCCAGCUUGUCGUCUCCGGCGGCGGUGGCCUCCAUUCACGGCGACGCCUUCUCACCGCCAACGCCAACGCCGAUUCCGCCGCCGUCUCCUCCCACUCGGUUGUAGUCGUGUUCGCUGGCGCGUCCUCCACUCGGGGUCUCAGCGUUUGCCUCUCGUGUCCCGUUGGGUUUUUCUCACGGCGCUCCCCCGUCGGUUUUAACACUUUCUAUUGUUUUUCCCCCGCUCGCGACGACCUGCGUCUUCCCCGUGCUCGUUUGUUGUUCGCGUGCCUCCUUUUUGAUCCCUUAACUUGUGUAAUGACAGGGUGACACCUGCCGGCCUGUAGGAGUAAUUGACGGUCGUGGCUGCAUCACAUCGUCUCUUCCUGUUCUUUACUAACCACACAGACUAUAGUGGAGGCAGGGCCGACGACUUACACAAUCCCUGGUCAGCUCCUCUCUCCGCUGCUGGAUGACGCCGUUACUGCUGCUGCUGCUGCGUGCGGCCGUGAUUCGACUGCUGCUGCUGCCACGUCUCCAGGCGUUUGAGUUGUGCGCUGAGUUGAGGCUCUUUAUGUAAUCACUACCUGGGGGCUGCUGCGUUGGUUCAUCCACUAAGGGGGAGUUGGGACAUCGCCCCACAAAGCAGCUCGAGAUGACAAAUUACUUUUCUAAUAAAAAAAUUAACUUUUCCCGCAAAUUGUUUUGUCGUGUUUCAAAAAAAAAGUCGUAUUGUCUAUAAGCGCCCGCCGCCGGUAGAUGAGACAGUUUUAUCACUUUCAUGGGAAGCCCCGCCUAGUGGCAAUGUCACGGAGCGACGUCGCAAUGGCAACCUGUGGCGGAACGAACGAGCGAGGAGCCAAAGUGGAAUGGCAGAAGCUCACGCGGCAGGAGGUUGCAAGACAAUUCGGA